ACGUUACAGAAUAAAAAAAUUUUCAUUGCUGCUUCGAGCAAAAAAAAUUGUAAAAUUUUGUUCAGUUGUCAAAUUCAAGUGAUAAAACUUAAAUCUAAAUAUGGGACGCAAGAAGAAGAAGGCCUCCAAACCCUGGUGCUGGUAUUGCAAUCGAGAAUUCGAUGAUGAGAAAAUUUUGGUACAACAUCAAAAGGCCAAGCACUUCAAAUGCCACAUAUGCCAUAAGAAAUUGUAUACGGGUCCCGGAUUGUCUAUUCAUUGUAUGCAGGUGCAUAAGGAGACGGUGGACAAAGUGCCAAAUUCCUUACCGAAUCGAUCCAAUAUUGAAAUUGAAAUCUUUGGUAUGGAUGGCAUACCGGCAGAAGAUUUGCGGGAUCAUGAGAAACAGAAAAAUGGUGGCAAAUCUGAUUCCGAUGAUGAUGAGCCAGCUGCCAAAAGCAAGAAAAUUGAUUAUUCCAUGUCAGUGCCUCCUCCUAUGAUGAUGCCUCCCAAUAUGAUGCCACCGCCGCAUAUGCUUGGACAAUAUGGUGGCAUGGGCAUGAUGCAUGGACUUAUGCCACCGUUGCCUCCGUAUCCGGUACAAAUGAUGCCGCCACAUAUGAUGCCACCGCGACCUCUAUUCCCGGCUGCAAUGGCAACUACCUCAGCAGCGGCUGCAGCAGCUGCUCAUCAUCACCAUGCCGCUGCCGCCGCUGCCCAUAUGGCUCAACAGCAGCAGCAGCAACAACAACAGCAACAGCAGCAACAACAAAAGCCCACGUUUCCGGCCUACAGUAAUGCCACAAUAAGUGCUCCACCCACUACUAACCAGGCAGGAGGCGGUGCAUUAAAUGCACAACCGAAUGGCCCGCUCGAUGCCCAGCAGCAACACCAGCAGAAUCCACAUCAACAGCAGCAACAAGGCGGCGGUGGUAGACCACCGGCUCCAGCCGCUGGAGGUGUGGCUGCUGCAGCGAUAAGCACAAAAAUAAUGCAUCCCCCGGAUGAUGCUAGUUUAGAGGAAUUGCGUGCUCGUCAGCCUAAAUAUCAGGCACGUGUAGCGGCUGCUAUGGCAGCGGCAGCUGCUGCUACGGCUAUGGCAACGGCAGCAGCUGCAAGUGCAGCUAGCGGCAAAAAGGAUGCAACAUCGGCGAAUAGUCCGACCAAUAAUGGAGCCAUUACUGCUGGUGGCUCCACAACGACAAUGCCUCUAACACCGCCGCCUCCAUCACUAUCCACGGGAUUGUUGUCAUCACCCACGGGCAGCACAAGCAGCAGUGGCAAUGCGGCUGCGGCAGCUGCUGCUGCGGCUGCCGCCAAUGCGAUAGCCGUCUCAUCAGCCAUCUCCAAGGCCCAGGAAACUGCCGCCUUAGUGGCCGUUGCCCAGGCCCAGGCACAGGCGCAGGCAGUUCAUCAAGCCCAGGCUCAAGCACAGGCAGUUCAUGCCCAGGUGCAGGCAGCUGCCCAGGUGGCCCAUGCAGUGGCCGCCCAGCAACAGCAACAACAACACCAACAGCAGCAGCAACAACAACAUCAACAGCAGCAACAACAACAACAAGUGGCAAUUAGUCAACAGCAACAGCAGCAAGCCAAACAAUUGGAAGAUCUUAAUCGGGCUGUAAUGUUUCAACGUUUACAGGCUGUGAGGCAGCCCGGAAAUCCUGGCGCUGCUGCAGCAGCUGCAUUGGGCAUGAUGCCAUUGCCUGGUCACAUGCAAUUGAUGCAGCCGAUGUUACGACCAACUAUGACCAUAGGACCACAUGGUGCUUUGAUAGGAGGGAAUAUGCUAAGAGCAGCAGCAGCACCUGGAAUACCUGGCAUGCCGGCGGGUUUACUGCCUAUGCAAGCAAUUGGCUUACCUGGCUUGCCAGCUGGUGCCAUGCCUAUGCCUGGCAUGGGAGUUAUGUUACCAGGACCUCCAAAUAUGUUGCAGGUAAUGCAGCCAAGAUUUAGAUGAUGUUUGCCAGGAUUGUUGCAGGCGCCGACCACACAUGCGCCGCAGCCUCAGCCCCAGCCACCACCUCAAGUGCAUGCAAGAGCGUUUACCAGGGCCCAAUUGCCGACGCCUCAGACUCAGGCGGCGCCAUUGUUGGGUCUGCCGUUGCCAUUGCUGUUUCAUGAGUGAAAACGAGUGAAAGAGAGGGAAGGGGAGCUCGAGAGCAAGCAAGUUGAAAAAUGUAAAUGACUUGAAAAUGCAACAAAUGCCCGUUGAAAACCGAAUGAAACCAAAGCCAAGCAAAGCCAAGACAAGCUAAGCCUAUUCUAUUUUUUCUUACAAAUGUAUAACAGUUUUUGAGACACAAAAUACACCCCCACAUCCCUA